AUGCUUAUUGAUGAUACGUUUGUAGGUACUUGGGUGCAACUUGUGACUCAGUCUUGGCCUGGUGCUGCCGAUGCCGUGAUGUUUCAUCGGGUGUUUUGGAUGUUUCCACCAUGCAUCAAGGCUUUCAAUCAUUGCAAGCCACUAAUUUCCUUUGAUCGAACACACUUAUAUGGUAAAUAUGGUGGCACGCUGCUGAUGGCCAUAGCUCAAGAUGGCAACGCAAACAUUUUUCCUAUUGCGUUUGCCAUGGUCGAGGGUGAGACAAAGGAGGCAUGGUCGUUCUUUCUCUCCUAUCUGCGUCAUCAUGUGACUCCACAACCCGGUGUCUUAGUGAUUUCAGACAAGCACAAAUCAAUCGAUGCUGCACUGAAUGUUGAUGAUAGUUUAUGGAAACCACCCCAUGCGUUCCAGGCAUUUUGUACAAGACACAUUGCUUCCAAUUUCAUGACUCACUUCAAGAACAAGGACUUGAAGAAAGUUCUGAUUAAUGCAGCGUAUUCGAAGUCGCAACGGGAGUUCACUCAUUAUUUCGGGCGUCUGAGGGGCGAGAAUGAGGCGAUCACAAAGUGGCUAGAAGAGAUGCCACGAUCGCAGUAUGCGGAUGAGGGUCGUAGAUUCAGGCACAUGACGACGAAUAUCUCCGAGUGCAUAAACGCAGUGAUGAAAGGUUCUCGGAAUUUGCCAAUCACGGCUCUGGUGAAGUCAACUUAUUUCUAG